UCUCAUGCAUAAUUUAUGUAAAGUUAAGUGACACUUGGAUGACAUCAUUGUGAAACCAUCUCUAUCAUUGGCUGGUGUCAGCAGCCUUGACCCUUGCUGCAGACGGUAGCGUGUGAGAGGUGUACACACCCAGCUAUCACUCUUACUCUAAACCCUGUUCUAAACCCAGCAGUGAGGAAACCAACCAAGCCAAGUGUUAGGUAAGCCAUGCCGUCUGCCAAGUCGUUACUAGGCGACCGAGUGUUCAACACGUUCAGAGAUGAGUGCCUGUCUGCACACAACGAGUACCGAUCCCGACACGGGGCACAGCCACUCAAGAUCAGCAGCGACCUCUGUCAGUCAGCGCAGAAAUGGGCGGAGCAUCUGGCACAGACUGGUAAUCUGGAGUACAACACCGAGAGCCCACACGGCCAGAACGUCGGCAUGAAGCCGGCGGGAGGACAGAAGCCCCUGUCCGGGAAGUCGCUGUGCGCCGUGUGGUACGGGGAGAAGAAGAAGUACGACUUCACCAAGAAGGGGCAUCAGGACGGGACAGCUCAUUUCACACAGGUGGUCUGGAAGGACAGUCGUGACUUCGGACUGGGGAUGGCGAAGGACGCCGAAGGUAACGUCAUCGUGGUGGUCAACUACUCGCCGCCUGGAAACGUCAUCGGCAAAUUCCCGGAGAACGUAUUGUCGGACAGUCAAGGGAAGCCACCAACGCCUGGAGGUAACAAAGACAAACCUGCCCAAGGACAAAAGGGAUCAGCGCGAAAGCCGAGCCAAAAGGACUCAGAUGAUGAAGACGACACUGACUGGACCGCCGAAAAAGUCAAGGAAGCUGAGGCGAACUUUAUUGAAGAGCUGAUCGAGAGGCAGAACUUCUAUCGAGCCAAACAUGGCUGCGACCCCGUGACCCUGGACCCUGGCAAGCUGUCCGAGCAUGCGCAGAUGUGGGCAGAAACCAUGGCCAGGGAUCGCCAACUCAAACACAGCGGGAAUCACGAGUAUGGUGAGAACAUCGGAAAAAAGUACAGCAAAAGAUGCCGGCCUACGAAGGCGACAGAGGUUGUGGACAUGUGGUACGACGAGAUCAACCGCUACAAUUUUGACCAAGGCGGACAUCAGGAAGGAACAGGACACUUCACCCAGCUGGUGUGGAAGUCUGCACGUGAGGUGGGGGUGGGCUGGGCGAAGGACGACACCCGCACAACCACUUACGUCACCGCUAACUACCUCCCUGUCGGCAACAAACUGGACGAGUUCGCUGAAAACGUCGUCCCGCCAUUGUAGAUAUAAACAAGCUUAAUUAAGCCUAUCUCUAUCAAACUGGCUUGUCUAUCUUACCUGUAUCAGAUCCAUAUCAUGAUACUCCUGUAGGCCAGUUUCAUACAGGCGUUUCUGAGUCAGUACUGCAAGUCUGCUCAACGGCUCCAAGUCGACUUUUACCCAAAACACGUGCAUGUAUAAAACUGGUUUGGCGAUCUUUGAACCCGAAAUCAGCUUGCUUUAAGAUUGUUACCCGUCUUUGAUGGUCAAGGGUAGAUCGGUCGUGAUAAAAAAGAUUAACUCAAAUCUUUUGCCGUAAAGGGGUUAUUGGUUUGAAAUUGUUCCAAACUACAUGAUUGUCUUUACGAAACACGAACCAACGAAACACUAAUGCACGUACGUCAUGAUCAAAGGAAAUAUUUUUGGGCCAUUUUAUUAUGUCUCCAUAUAGACCAUGCCAACACAGGCUUAGCAUUGAAUGUCUGCUACAGGUAUAUGUACGGUUUAGAUUCGUAUUCUGUUGUCAAUUAAGUUACAGGCUAUGGAUACUAAAGCAUCUUGUAUGUUUCUAAUGUAGGAUAACACUUUGAAUAAGUAUCUUCAAUUAAAGUUCAAAUUUGCGUGUUCUCGUGACCUCUCAUAUCUCUGUAUCUGACUCUCAUGAUUAUGAAUGUAUCAGACAUAUUACACAAAACGACGUGCUAGCUACACCUGACAUUUGCACAUUUAUCUGCAAACAUUAUUGAUCUGUCAACUACCUUCCUGUGUGGAACAGGACAACACUUCGGAGACUUGACAAUUCAUUUUGGUACAAGCCCAACCUUGGCUCGGGGUGUUCGGGGGCAAAGAGCUUCCGAUUCAAGUCAGGGGAAGGUCUGUUAAACGUUAACGUUGGAGUAUCGGACUUUAUACCUGCACGGUCUGACAUGUUUAGUCCAUAGUUUGGCCGACGGUAGUUUUAAGAGCACGGGUAGCACUGUAUCUACCAUCUUGACCGACGAUUCAAGGUCAGUAUGUGCAUUAUUGUUAACCCACCAGAGGCCCGCAUUCUCUAUCUACGCUAAAUUCAGAAAGGUAGGGACUCACGUAUUACUUAAUGUUCGAACAGACUGGCUCCACUAUAUAGUUGACGUAGAUUUGAACGGUCUGGCCAUGAAUUACGCUCUACUUAACAAGGUAUACAGGUCCUACUUAUCUACAGAUUUAUUAUCUUCGCAUCUAAUAGAAUAUUCUGAGUCAGUAGAGCUUUCUGUUAAACUUCACUUCUUCCUCUGUAAUUUUGGCGACGCCUCAGGGGCGGAGUCUGCUAGCUCUAUAACAUUGGACUUGGUUUGAAAAUACAUUUUGCAUUCUGAAAAUUUUGCAUGUGAAUAUUCUUUUGGGAUUUUAUUUUUGCUUACCCCUCACUGCGGCGGUACAGAUACAUAACUUUGCAGCUUCGGGAGAAGGAUA